AUGAGUGUGGAGAAUGGUUCCUUUUUUGAGGAAAAUGUCGAAGAUGAAUUGUCAGAACUCGAGGGGUCCAUAGUUACAAAACAGAAAACAGGAUUACCUGAAACAAAUCUUAAAGAAACCGAAGAAAUUGCAGAUUAUGAACAAGAUGAAAAAGAAGAGGAAGAGCCUCAAGCUAGUGAUAAUGAAGAUAACUUGCUAACACUGACAAUACCGAAUCCAAAGUUAGACCUAUUUAAAUGGGUGUUUGGUCCUCCACCUUUGACCCGUGCACAAUCAGGAUACCAGGAAAAGAUUCAGAAAAGGAAAGAUAAAUUCAAAAAACCUCGAUUCCCUGAUCGUAGAAAGGACGAAAAAGAUCGGAAAAAACGUGAAUACCAAGUUCGAAUUUCCGAAAACCGAAACAUCAAAGAGGUUCUGGAUGAUAUCGAUCGUAAUGAGGCCUUGUGCGUCCGAGAACAUAAUUCGGCUGAAGUAAAUUAUGACAAGAAUUUACAUAAUCAUCACAAAACAAACAAGCUUCAAGAUGAUUACGCAAUCGUCAAGGAAGAAUUGAUACGACGGUCCCGUAUUCUCGAUCGUCUUAAUAAAGAGUCUCUUGACCGAGCAAAGAAAGAUUCCAAAUACAAGCAUAAUUUUUCCAAGGUUAUAAAGGAUGCUGAAAAAGAAAUCUACAACACUCCCUCUUUGAUCCCUGGGUCAUGA